AUGAUUUCAUACAAGACUCUUACAUGGAGUGACGAGCAAACCCGAUUCUAUCUUCAACUGAGAAUUGAAGAGAAAGAGAAAGGAAAUAUAAGAUUGCAGAAUGCUAAUGACACUGGGAGAAAGACAAUCAUAGAAAAGUUCCAUGAGAGAUUUGGAGAAAGACAUGAAUGGAAAAAGUUUGGGUCCAAGCUCACUACUUGCAAGAAGCAAUUCGAAGCAUACAAGAGACUUGUUCACAACAAAACGGGUUUGGGUUAUUUUCCAGAUGGCUCCUUAAAUAUGUCUGAGGAUUGGUGGGCUGAACGAAUUAAGGAAUGGCCGGGAGCUGAAAAGUUAAAAGAUAAACCAUUAUUAAACCUCGAUUUGAUGGAAAGGGUGUUUAGUACAGCUCAUGUAAGUGGAGCUGAAGGUUGGAGUGCUCAGCAAGGGGAAGAGCAUCUAAACGCAAUGCAACUGGAUCGAGAACUCGGUGCUGAUUGUGUUGAUGUUCAAUCUACUCGGAUCCCUCCUACUCAAGCAACUGAGACUGAUGCAGAUGCAAAGACUGAUGCAGAGUCAACGCAAAACCUUCCUGCAACUCUAAGACCCUCAGCUUCCAAUAUUGUCAUUGGCAAUAAUGGACCUUCAUCUUCGCAUGGAAAUGGUCUCUCAUAUUCCACUAGGAGUUCCAGGAAAAAAAGAUCAAGGUCUGUGCAAGGAGGACAAGAUGUGGCAGAAGUGAUUAGGGACAGUGUUAAGUCACGUGACAAGAUUCUUGCCCACAAGAACCAACUGAUAGAGAACCAUCCAGAGUUUAGUUGCUCUCAGCUCAGAGCAAUGGAAGUUCUACACUCGCUGCCUGCUAUAAAGAUGUGGUCUCCUUUGUACAAGGCAACAAUUAAACAUCUCAAGCAGGAUAUUACCAAUCGUCAGACCUUCUUGUUUUAUGAAGAUGAUGAGAACAAAAUUAUCUAUUUGGAGGUCGAAACUGGUGAAAGCAGGGAUGGGUGA